GUGGCCAUGGUGCUUGUGCUGCUAGUUGCCAUCCCACUGUUGGUCCACAGCAUCAAGCUGGGUGGAGCCGGGGGUAGUGGGACACAUUAUGAGAUGUUGGGCAGUUGCAAAAUGGUGUGUGACUCUCUUACGCCCACUAACGAUCUCACACCUGUUUCCCCGCCCCCACAAGAUGUCCCCGUACGCAGAGGGGGAGGGAAGUCAGGUUUUCGUGGUAACCCAGGGCUUCCGGGGCCCCCAGGCCCACGAGGGCCCCCUGGAGAGCCAGGGAAGCCAGGUCCUCCUGGUCCCCCAGGUCCAGGCCCAGGAGGAUAUGUUCCUUCAUUCUACAGCCCCAAAAUAGCCUUCUAUGCUGGUCUACGCAAGCAGCACGAAGGGAGUGAUAUCCUCAAGUUUGAUGAUGUCGUGACCAAUGUGGGGAACUAUUAUGAGCCCACCACAGGCAAGUUCACCUGCCCUUUACCUGGGAUCUACUACUUCACCUAUCACGUCCUCAUGAGGGGAGGGGAUGGAACCAGCAUGUGGGCGGACCUCAAGAAGAAUGGACAGGUGAGGGCAAGUGCCAUUGCACAGGAUGCAGACCAGAAUUACGACUAUGCCUCCAACAGUGUGAUCCUUCACUUAGAUGUGGGCGACGAGGUGUGUGUGCAGCUGGAUGGCGGAAAGGUCCACGGAGGAAACACCAACAAAUACAGCACAUUCAGCGGCUUCCUCAUCUAUCCUGACUAA